AUGUUUGUAUUGCUUGCUAUCUCUAGAAUACUCACCCUUUUAGAUUGCAUUCUUGACUUUCUUUAUAAAAGUUCAGUUUGACGUAUACUGCCGUUCAGUUAGAAAGACAAUGUCGGGCUAUCAAGUUCCAAUAGCUAAAGUUAGUUGUCCAGAGCCCCGGGGUUUUGAGGUCUCCAUAGAAGAUGAACCGGGAAUUUCGCUAUUUGCAUUCCACGGCAGACUUAACCAACCGAUUGUCAGUCUAGAAGAUCAAACUUGGGCAGCUGAUAUUAUAGGCAAAGAUGCCAAAGGCCGUUGGACCUACACCAAUAGAGAGGCGGAGUUGAAAGAAGGAGAUAUACUCUACUACUGGACCACAGUGCGAUACAAUGGACGAGACUAUCACCGGAUGAAUCAGAGUGCUAGUCUCUAAGUAGAUUUUCUUGGAUUUUCCUAUUUUGUAAAGUAAACAAAGCCGCGCGGCAGAGGUACUUUUCUUUA